ACGACAGGCUCACUGUAAUAACAUAAUGUUAACAUGGGAAGGUUUGAAGUUGCCUCAAUGUCACAUACCAACAAUGUGAUGGGUACACAUAUAGCCAUGUACGCGUAGACUCUGACACACGAGCAUUGUGACUAGAAGGGUAAACAGAAGGUUGUCUACGGGAGCUAUAACGGGCAAUAUGGAGAGGAGGAAACCCACGGGAGAAUACCACUGCAUCCCCGUGUCCAAAAUGUAGACGGCAUAUUAUGGGACGGGCGGCACGUUUAUUUCGCUAAUUGGAAAAGUUACAAAAUAUACAAUGAUUAUAAAUGGGUCUUAUCUGAACAGGUCGUCGCUGGACCCGUACGAGGAAGUGUUGAAUCGCCCCCCGUGGGUUACAACAACUUUGGGGUGCUUCCUGAUAUUCACUAUMGUGGUUGAUAUUUUGGGCAACCUUUUGGUGAUAUUCUCUGUCUACCGGAACAAGAAGCUAAGGAAUGCAGGCAACAUCUUUGUGGUAAGCCUGGCCGUGGCCGACCUGGUGGUGGCCAUCUACCCCUACCCUCUGGUCCUCUCCUCCAUCUUCCACAAAGGCUGGAACCUGGGCUAUGUCCACUGCCAGAUCAGCGGUUUUCUCAUGGGCGUCAGCGUCAUUGGCUCCAUCUUCAACAUCACCGGCAUUGCCAUCAACCGCUACUGUUAUAUAUGUCACAGCCUUAAGUACGACAAGCUGUACAGUGACAAGAACUCAGUGUGUUACGUCCUACUCAUCUGGGCGUUGACCAUUGUGGCCAUCGUGCCGAAUCUCUUCGUGGGUUCGUUGCAGUAUGACCCCAGGGUGUAUUCGUGUACGUUCGAGCAGUCGGCRAGUUCGGCGUACACCAUCGCCGUGGUCUUCUUCCACUUCAUCCUACCGAUCAUGAUCGUCACCUACUGCUACCUGAGGAUCUGGAUCCUGGUCAUUCAAGUUAGGCGACGGGUCAAACCGGACAAUAGACCGAAACUGACGCCAAACGACGUGAGGAACUUCGUGACUAUGUUCGUGGUGUUUGUGCUGUUCGCCGUGUGCUGGGCACCGCUCAACUUCAUCGGGCUGGCGGUGGCCAUCAACCCAGAGGUGGUCGUGCCUCUCAUCCCCGAGUGGCUCUUCGUGGCGAGCUACUUCAUGGCCUACUUCAACAGCUGCCUUAAUGCCAUCGUGUACGGGAUGCUCAACCAGAACUUCCGACGCGAGUACAAGCGCAUCGUGGUGUCGGUGUGCACGGCGCGAAUCUUCUUCCACGGCAGCUCCAACGACGCGGCCGAGCGGUUCAAGAGCAAGCCGUCGCCGCUCAUCACCAACAACAACCAAGUCAAGGUGGAGUCGGUGUGAGAGGACCAGCUGGUCCCAGUGCCCUCCCUACCCCUCCCCCAUGGCGCGAACCCUUCGAUGUCUAUACAUCUGUAAAGUGGAAACAAGCAAUAUGGCGGAAGCUCAAGCUUCACCAUUUCGCUCCUUGUACCUAUCCAGUACACUGCAGAUCUAUAAACAUCGGAGGGGUUAAGGAGCCCAGGGGAARGGGUAGGGAGCGAUUUGGGACUGGGUGAUACUAACACACAGACACACACAUGAACAAAGGGGGAGGGGGGAUUAAGGGAACCAAUGUGACAUAAAGAGUUAAAUUAGUUUAAAAAAUACAAGUGAAUGGAGAACAAUUACCAAAUACAAAAACAAAAAAGCUUCCACUUUCUGAACCGUCCGUGAUCUGUGCUAUCUUCACCUCUAUACAAUCAAAGCGAAAUGGGGAAAAUGUAUCUUUGUCUUGCAAAAAUCACUUUUGUUAGUUUUUUCGAUACYUAAAAAAUAUAUAAUGUACUUUUGUUUUCAUGUUUACAGUGAUGAUAACAGUGACACUAUGUAAGACAUAUUAUAUGUUUUUAUUUUGUAUGAAGUAUAUGUUAUAUAGAUAUACAAGAAUAUAUAUCAGGUUCAUUUCACCAACAUCGAUAAUCCGAUGAAAGAAAAUGACUAAUGUUCCAAAAUUCCUGUAAUUUCUCAAAAAUUCCAACCAAGAUUUAUGGAAAACUGGGAACAUUUGUGGAGUUACCUGAAUUUUGCAAACCUACAAAUGACAAAUAUAUCAUGCCAUGAAAGACAGAACAUUUCUGCAAUGUCUGGUCACAAACAUAACCAAAAGUGUUUUACAGAUUUUACCGAAUGUUAAUGAUCAUUUUUGUUGGGGUGUGACACUGUUACACUCCUUCCUUUGGAGGRGGAAGCAAUAUGUUUGGGGAUUGYUGCUGUUUCACGAUGCCCUGCGGAACUGUUCCCAUCAUUCGGUGGAAUAAAUAUGUUUGUAAGUAUGGGAUUUCUUUCUCCCUCACUUCUUAUUCCCUUUCUGUCUCUUUCUCGCUCUCUCUAUCUCUGUGAGCUCUUUGUAUGCAUGG